AGGGGGUGUGGGGGGGGAGAGACACCGAAAAGCCUGAAUUUCGCUGGGCACUUUUGAUUUGGGAGGCCCUGCAGGAGGACAGAACGGGCAACCUUCAAGUGACCUGGUGUCCCUCCGCUGCUUAGUUGCCCUUGUUCUCCUUUCCAAAUCAAAUGCCACAUUGACUCCAGCCCGGUGUUGGAAGCAUGUGGGGACCUGCAGCACGUCAGCCCGGCACAAUGUCUCCAUCAGGCUGGAAGGAAGCCCAAAACCAAAACUCCACUGGCCAAAAUGCACCCUCUGCAGAAACCCCAAGUACCUCCUAAGCCUGUUCACCUCAAACCUGGGCAGGAAAGAAUUCCUCCUGCGCCGUCUCGGCCUUUGCCAGCUGAUCCCAAGUCGUCAAGGAGCUUAGCACCUGGAGAAGAAGAAAUACCCAUAUCAGCAGGAGUCAACACGCUCAUUGAGAAAUUUGAAAGCAUUAGGCAACCUGUACAUAUUCUUCAAAGAAACCAGCUAAAUUUAGCUCUCAAGAUGGAACCUGGGCUGGACUCAUCCAAGCAGGCGGGCUCCUGUGACUGUGACACUGUGGCUUCCAGCGGCUCUUCCAGCACUGACAAAGCUGAAGCGGAUGAGGCCGAGCCCGCCGUACCGUGCACGGACCUGACCAGCGCAGACAUCAUGAAAAUUAAAGAGCUGAGCAUAGGUGAGAACAGAAGCCACGAAGACUGCACUGCUGUGGAUGGGAGCAAAGAGCCCUCUGGAGAGCUCGGCAGUAAAGACUCGACUGCGGAACUGAACGGGAACAGUAAAAUUCCCAACAGGGACAGUGGCAUUGACAGCCCUUCUUGUAGCGUGGCGGGAGAGACGUUCCCCAGCGAAGAAGGGGCAGAGCAGAAGAAACCCAGCGUGGCCGGGAACCCAGGGGAGAUGGAACCCGACAAAAAGGGCACCAAACCUUCCUCUGCAGAGCAGAAGAGAGACUCCACACAGGACGAGGACAGUGACAUUGAUGAAGGGAGCAGCGAGGAGCAGGAGACAGCAGAAGUGCCAAAGUUAGAGUAUUUGGAUGUUAACAAGUGUACAGAGCCCCAAAAGCUGUUCAACAUCGCCAAUGAGCUGCUCCACACGGAAGAAGCUUAUGUUAAAAGGCUCCACCUCUUGGACCAGGUUUUUUGCACUAAGUUGUCUGAAGCAGGGAUUUCAUCUGAAGUGAUAACAGGCAUCUUCUCAAACAUUUCUUCCAUCUAUUGUUUCCAUGGACAGUUUCUUCUCCCUGAGCUCAAAACAAGAAUUACACAAGAAUGGAGUGUCAACCCACGGCUGGGAGAUAUCCUGCAGAAACUUGCUCCCUUUCUGAAGAUGUAUGGAGAAUAUGUGAAGAACUUUGACAGGGCAAUGGACAUAGUGAACACAUGUAUGCAGAGGUCCUCUCCCUUCAAAGAUGUUGUUCAGAACAUACAGAAACAGGAGGUGUGUGGAAACCUGACUUUACAGCAUCACAUGCUUGAACCAGUGCAAAGGAUUCCUCGUUAUGAGCUUCUCCUGAAGGACUAUUUAAAGAAACUUCCAGAAGAAUCUCCAGACAGGAAAGAUGCUGAAAAGUCGCUGGAGCUGAUCUCGACGGCAGCGAACCAUUCCAACGCAGCCAUCCGGAAGAUGGAAAAGAUGCACAAGCUCUUGGAAGUCUAUGAGCGCCUGGGGGGUGAAGAGGAUAUUGUUAACCCAGCCAAUGAGCUCAUUAAAGAAGGACACAUUCAGAAACUUUCAGCAAAGAAUGGCACAGCACAGGAUAGGUACUUAUUCCUGUUCAACAGCAUGGUGUUGUACUGCGUGCCGAAACUGAGGCUGAUUGGCCAGAAGUUCAGUGUCCGAGAGAAGAUGGACAUCGCAGGACUGCAGGUCCAAGAAAUUGCCAAGCAGAACGUGGCUCAUACGUUUUCCAUAACAGGAAAAAAGAGAUCACUGGAACUGCAAGCCAGGACAGAAGAGGAGAAGAGGGAGUGGAUUCAGGUCAUUCAAGCCACAAUUGAAAAGCACAAACAGAACAGUGAGACCUUCAGAGCUUUCAACAGCUCUUUUUCACAAGAGGAGGAGCAUCUUCCUGAUUCCUCAAUAGCCAGCACCAGCUCGGUGGAAUCAAUGCCAGGAGCAGAUGGUGGUGGUGCAUUUGGAGGGGACCAAAUUCUGAUUAACAGUUCUUCCAUAGUGGCUGCCACAAAAGCAAAAAUAAGACUUUCAAAGAAUAAAAGAUUUUCAGGAAAUGCCUCAGGGUCAGCUGAGUUUGCUGAAAAAGCCUCAACAAGAACAGACAACAACAAUGUGAUCUGUGCGAAAUGCUCCGAGUUCAAGCCACUUGCAGAUAACAGCCGUCACAACCGAGUGUGUAAGGAGUGUUUCCUGCAGCUGCCGGUGAGCCCCUGCAGCCCUGGGGUGGAAGCAGUUGGAGAACAGAAGAAAAGACUGGCUGCAGAGAAGCAAAGCAUCCUUGCAGCUGAAAACAGCCUCUUCAGCAGCUACCUCCAGUUCCUUGAAAAGGGGAAGACUUGGUACAAAAUGUGGGUGACCAUUCCCAAGACUGAACCUCUUGUUUUAUAUCUGCAUGGAAGCAGCCAGGACGGGCGGAGCCCGCGUCCCAUCCCCCUGCCCGGCUACGAGGUCAGCUUGCCAGGUUCUGGUGAGAAGUUUGAAGUGAAGCACGUCUUUAAGCUUUGCCAGUCCCACCAGACUCUCUAUUUCAGCGCAGAGGAUGAGGAGCUGCAGAUGAAAUGGAUGGAAAUUCUCACCAAAGCCGCCAAAGGGGAGACUGAGGAUACAGCUGAAGGGCUCAGCAACCCGUAGAGCAAGUUCCGUUUAGUUUCUUUCCCACAUGCUAUAAACGGUCACUUGAAUUUGGUAUUCAUGGCACUUUGGAAUCUGUAUGGCUUUAUAUUUUCAUGUGUCUGCAUAGGAAAUUCAGUGGUUUCUCGCCUUUUAUUGUACAUUUUUCACGUCCAGUAGUUACCUGCCAUAUAUUAUGUUAAAGGAAAAAAGUAGCUGUAGUUGUUGGUGGUGUCGAUGCUGGUUUUAAAACAAAAGACAAGGGGCAAAGCAUUAAUUUUAACGAAGGUAAAAUGGAAAAACCAUCGGUCUUUUGUUUUCCUAAAUGUAUAUUUUCCAGUCCUUUUUAUUGCUGUUGAGUGCAGGAUGUGUAUAGUCUGUGAUUAGUUCUAUAAAUGCUGCCUUUUAAGUUAAAUGUUGUAAAGGCUUGUGCUGGCCACUGACAUUCCAUUCUCUGCCUCUCCCUCCUGGUAAAAAGGUCCUUGUGAAGUGUGAGCAAUGUCCUGAGUAUUUUCCCUUUGCUACAACUAUGUCUCUGCUAUUUUGAGAUGACCUGUUCACAAGAACAAAUACUAUAGAGGGGACUUCUUAAAGUGCCUGCAGAUGGUGCAGAAUAGAACAUUAAGAAGCCUCAAUGGUUUUAAGCAUUUCUGUUAUCGAUUGUUUUCGUUUGGAACCAAUACCUUCCUUUCUUCUAUCGGAACCCAUUUUGAUGUAAGUGAACAAACAUUUUAUACUGCCAACUGGGUUGUGAUCAAUAAACAAGAACAUUUUUAGUACACACCGCACAAAAAGGUGACUUUUUUGUUGUAUUGGUUAAUUUAAGUGGGCUAGGUUUUAUUUAUAUAAUUUGUAAAUAAUGUUACAUAAGUACUUUAAGAAUUUUUAAAAGACCUCAGCUGAUUAACAGGAUUUAGUGCAUAGUAUGAGAUAUUUGUAUGAAUUGAAUUUGUAAUUUAAUUUUCCUGUUCACCUGUGUUUGUCUUAUUUUCAAACUUUAAUGCUUAUCUAUUUAAAUAAAAAUUCCUGCAGUUAACUCCUGAGCCAGAUUUCCAAGGCACAGCAAGGUUUAGGUCAACAUUUAAUAUAGGUUUUAAAAAAAAAAUAAUAAUAAAAAAAAAUCUAAAACAAACAAAGAAACAAAAAAAAAGGCAUGUCUGUUCCUAGUGG